AGUACAUAAAAGAGGAAAGGUGGAAUCACCACUGGAAGGCAUAGAAUUCCUGAGAGAAAGGAGAUGUCAGGUUGUUAAUGGCUUCCGAGGAGAUGUCUUUAAACACAAGUCAUAAAUCUGUCCAAGCAGAGAUAAUAAAUUCACGGGGAAAACCCACAGGAUCUUAGCCGUGUCCCAGGGGAACAGGCUGGAGCUACCAGGCCACGUGUCCAGAUCAUCCCCGCUGUGGGGCAAGAGUGAUUGUUAUGAAGCUGGUGAUGGUGGUCUCAUGGCUGUAGGCACUGAUCUCGACCCUCCUAAUUCUGCCUUCGUAGAUCUCCAUCCUUUGUCAGGGCAGAGCCAGAUGGCCGUGUCCCAGGGGACCUUGACCUUCAGGGACAUGUUUGUGGACUUCACCCUGGAGGAGUGGCAGCAGCUGGACGCCACUCAGAAGAACCUCUGCAGGGAUGUCAUGCUGGAGAACUACAGCCACCUGGUCUCCGUGGGAUUCCUCAUGGCCCAACCAGGUAGGAUCUUCAGGUUGGGACAAGGAGAAGAGGAGGCCAGGAUGGCAGCUGGAGAAAGCCCAACACGGAGGUGUCCAGGACUUUGGAAAUUAACCAAAGGCACACAACAGAUUAAAAAGCAUUUAUUCAAGAAGAACCAGUGAACCUCACUAAGAGCAGCCAAGUGUGUGGUUUUCCACUUGGUGCUACUUUCCCCCCACCCCCACCUCCACCCCAAACCCCUGGCUCCUCAGCUCUGUGGUCCGGAAGCAGUGAAAACUGGCAUUGUCACAGCAACUGAAGGGAGUUCCACCAAAAGCCUCAUUUCCAGAGUGCUGUCACUACUUGACCUAACUUGGAGCUCAGCUCCAAGAAAGAAGGGACAGUAUAUGGUAACUCCAAUUCCCAUGAAGAAAUAAACAGCACCAGUAAAGGUAACGUGCAGCAAAGUGUUAACAUGUCAGGCCUGGCUCCUGGCUGAAGUUUGGGAAUGCAGAUUGUGGAAUGUUCCCUAUGUUGAUAAGAUGGUUUUUGCCUGCCUGGGGCACUGAACACCUGAUUUUCUUCUGGGUGACUAGAUGCCUCGCGGUGCCUAUUUUUAGUGGGUCAAUUUGGAAUCUCCCACAGACAAAGUGAAAAGGGCUUUCUAAAAAGCCUUACUUGCCGCUUGGACUUGAAUUGCAGCUGUCUAGCCCUGUAGCAUCUUGGCUUUGCACGAGAAAGGAGCAACUAUCCCUGCGGGGAUUUGUCUCCUCUACCAAGUGCCCAGCAAUGCUGGUGAAAAUGAACCCCUAUUAGGACACGUGAAGGAAUGUCAGCAAGCAUUGAAAUAAAGGGGAAAAAAUCUUACAAGCUUACAGAUAGAAAAAAAAUUAUACCAAGUAUCAAUAAUCAGAAUAGGCUUCAGAGUUCUCAAAAGGAAAAUUACAAUCAGAAGACAAUGGAACAAUGCCUUCAAAAGUCUAAGGGAAAGAAAUGUCCAUCCUAGAACUCUACCCCAAGUUCAACUCUCCAUCUUGGAUGAGGAUUCAACACUUUCAGAUAUUCAAAAAUCUCAAAAAAUUUACCUCCCAUGGACCUACAUUCUUUCUUAGGAACGUACUGGAAGAAUGUGCUCCAGUGAAAUGUGGAAAAAGGCAUGGCAUAAAGCAAACGAAGGAAUCCAACAAUGCAGAAAGUGGAGGGAAUUCCCAGAAUGAUGGUGAAGAGAUGUCAGGAUGGUAGCUGAGCAAACAGGAAUGAGGAUAAUCCACGCAGAAGGAAGUGGUCAGAGGCCUCCGGAGAAACUCAGGGGUAUGACAUUGAUGGGACACUUGAAGCUCUGGAAGCAUUCAGAAUCACUCUAGACAACUGGUCAUGUUUAAGUUAAACUGGUGAUAAGUACAUAGCGAAAGAAGCAAAUGAAAGAAACAAGACAAUUAUUAACCAAAGGAAACUAAAAGUUAUGCAGAAAAGGUAAAUUAAUCAUAGAUGACUACAUGGCUAAGCUGUCUAUAGUGUUUACAUAGUCAUUAUAUUGUAAACAGUAGUACUGAUGUAAACCAAAUUUAUGGUAUAAUCAUAUUGGGAACAUGGGAGAACAAGAAGUUUUUGUGUUCCAAAGAAGACAUAGAGAUGGCCAACAGGCACGUGAAAAGAUAUUCAACAUCACUAA